CACAAAACUCUCUCCAUGGUGGCUUCUCCUUUCAGCCGCCAACUGCACCAGCUCCGCCGUCAAGCACCAAUAUCCGGCAUGAGGUUACCCUGACAUUGCCGCGUGGUAGCUCUAACGUGACGAUGUGAUUGCAUACGGAGUGUGCUUGUGUCGCAAUGCCAUCGCGCCGGGACCAAGCCACGCCAUGGCAGCGCCUCCGCUCGCGCGUGUUCCGCGUGCAAGAGGUCCACACCCUCUUCGCCGGCUCUGGCGCUCGAGAUGACACGUGGCACUCGCCCCGAUCCCCGCAUCCCAGGUCGACGCGUAAAGGCAGGGAUAGGAGGUCUGGGGAAGCGGAGAGCGCGGAAGCGGCGGAAUGGGGUGGCGGGAGUGGCGGGGAAGCGGCGGAAUGGAGUGGCGGGAGUGGCGGGGAGGCGACACUGAAGCGGUCGCUGGGAUGGGCGGACACGAUCUCGCUGGGCGUCGCCAGCAUCAUCGGCGCGGGCGUGUUUGUGAUCACAGGGGUGGCGGCUCGGGACCACGCCGGCCCCGCUGUCAUCCUCUCCUACCUCCUCUCUGCCACGUCAGCACUCCUGUCCGCACUCUGCUACACCGAGUUUGCCGUCCACCUGCCCGUGGCGGGUGGCGCCUUCUCCUAUCUCAUGGUCACGCUGGGCGAGCUCCCAGCCUUUAUCACUGUAGCGAAUCUCCUUAUGGAGUACAUUCUCUCCAACGCCGCAGCUGCCCGGGGCCUCUCAGCCUACUUCGCCGGCUUCCUCGGGCAGGACCCGGACUUUUUCCGGCUGCCCAUGCCAGCCUGGGGAAUCACCCUGGAUUUUGUUGCACUGGGGCUAAUCAUGUCCCUGUCGGCCCUUGUAGCGUACGGAACCCAGGAGUCUUCAUACUUCAACUUCCUUGCUUCCGGUCUCAGCAUGGUAGCCAUUGUCAUCAUCAUCGUUGCUGGAUUCACAGCAGGCAGCAUCGCCAACGUCACCACCUCCUUUGCUCCCUUCGGCUUCCAAGGCAUGCUGGACGCGGCCGCCCUCGUCUACUUCUGCUUCAUCGGCUUCGAUGCGGUUACCACGCUUGCAGAAGAAGUCGCGAAUCCGGCCGUCGAUCUUCCAGUGGGAAUUGUCGGAUCGGUGGCUGUGGUUGCGCUGAUCUACGGCUUCAUGGCGCUCUCUCUCUGUCUCCUCGUGCCCUACACCCAAAUCGACCCCGACGCUCCAUUCUCCUCCGCGUUGCGCCACCUGCCGGGGUGGGAUUGGGCGGCAGGGGCGGUGGCAGCAGGGGCUCUGCUGGCCAUAGUGACGGCGGUGCUUGUGGGGUUGAUGGGACAGGCUCGGAUCGUGCUGGUGGUGGCUCGGGCUGAGCUGCUGCCGAAGCAGCUUGCUUCGGUGUCGCCUGUGACCCGCACGCCUCUCGUUGCCACGGUUGUUCUCGGCAUUGCAACAGGUGUCAUUGCACUACUGGUGGACCUGGAGACGCUAGCCAGCAUGGUGUCCAUCGGCACGCUGCUCAUCUUCCUCAUGGUCGCCCUCGCCCUCCUGCUGCACCGCUACCACCCCCGCGUUCUCCUCCCUGCGCCCGCCUCCCACCACACCCGCGUUGCACUCCCCGCGCCCCCCUCCUACCACCCCCGUGCUGUGUUGCCUUCCCCGCCUCCUCACACCACCAACCCUGGCUCUGUCGUGGGCGGGGCAGCUGCUGACACAGAAGCAGAUGAAGGAGCAGAAGAACCCACAGCAGCAGACGAUCAAGCGCCCUUAGUGGCAAACGGGUUUCACUCACAGCCUCAUGAUUCCAGCCCACAAGAACUGCUCUCCCCUCGUGCACACAAGCCCACAGCUGCAAGGAAGCAGGAAGAAAGUGGAAAGCAUGUGGGCGGAAAACCUAAAGAAGGGCAAGGACACGGGCAGGGCAGCGGAGAGUCCAUGGGGGUGGUGCUGACUCGCCUGGGUGUGAUGGUUGGGGGUGCUGCUGGAGUGGCCGUGGCGUUCCGAGUGCUCCAGGGCAACACUGCAGCCGUGCUGCUCUCCGCUCUGCUCUGGGCUGCUGCCACUGCCUCCCUUGCGCGCUGCAGGGAGGCAGAGGCGACUCGAGUGUUCUCAGUGCCCUUUUCCCCGUGGCUGCCUGCCCUCUCCAUCCUCGUUAAUGUGCUCCUCCUUGCCUCACUAGACGCCUCCGCCUUCAUCCGCUUUAUAGUCUGGUCCGCUAUAGUCACAAUCGGGUAUGUCCUUAUGGUGCUACUAAGCCGUGAGCCCAAGGGGGACCAUGGGUCCAUGGCACUGUCAUCAGCACGCUCACCAGCAAGGGCCAGAGAGAUUGCUGAAGCAGUAGACAUGCAAGAGGAAGUGGCUGAUUCAAAUGACAUGGGGGAUGUAGAAUUCACACCUCUGGUUACCCAUCCGCAAACAUGAGACUCCCUACAUGUCAUUUGUCUGCAUUUAUACUUCGCAAUGUACAGUGAGUUGCAUCUGCUUCUAGCAACGCUAUGCAGCAUUGU